CGCACCACCUAAACACAUGAACUAGACGAGUUCCCACCGAUCCCGCUCGGAGAGCUGAAACUCGCUCGCUCGCUCAAUCAAUCAAUUUUUCGGCAGACCCGGGUUCCCAACUCAAUCAUUCACUCUGCUCAUUCGCCGGUCGGGGCGAGGCAAGGCAGGCGAAAAAAUGGAGUAUAAUUGCAGCGGCGGAGGAACGGCGGCGUCGUUUAACAAGAGUUGGGCUCAGCAGACGGAGGAGAGCUACCAGCUCCAGUUGGCCCUGGCCCUACGGAUGUCUUCCUUAGCUGCUUUAGCUACUGAUCCCAAUUCCUUAACUUCUCCGGCAUGGGACGACCUAGUCCACAAACGCCUCCCCGUCGCUUCUGCUUCUUCUUCUUCUUCUUCUUCCUCCCCUGAUUCUGCUCAAUCCAUUUCCCGUCGCUUCUGGGUAAAUGGCAGCCUAUCUUACUACGAUAGAAUCCCUGAUGGGUUCUAUGCAAUCUAUGGCAUGGAUCCGUAUGUUUGGACCAUAAGUACAGACCAGAGCGAGCUCGGUUGGAUUCCGUCCAUAGAUGCAUUGAAGGCUGUGGAUCCUCAUGCCGAAUCAGCAAUGAAAGUGGUAUUGGUUGACAGAUUCAAGGAUCAUGUUCUGAGAGAGCUAUUUGAUCGAGUUGCUAGUCUUUCCAGUGAUCGGUUUUCCACAAAUGAUGCGGUAUCUGAGAUUGCAAAUAUUGUCUGCAGUCGCAUGGGUGGCGAAGCUCUUAUCGAAGACGGAGAGUUCUGCCAGUACUGGAUGGAGUGCGCCGACAUUCUGAGAUACCGUCUACGUUCUGUUAUAAUUCCUAUCGGAAGCUUGUCUGUUGGUCUCUGCAUCCAUCGGGCAUUGCUGUUUAAAGUGUUGGCAGAUUCAAUUAACUUACCAUGUAGAAUUGCUAAAGGUUGCAAAUAUUGUACAAGGGAUCUUGCUUCUUGCUGUCUUGUUCAAGUUGGUAAUGAGAGGGAAUACUUGGUUGAUUUGUUCAGUAAGCCAGGAGCCUUAAGCCAUCCCGAUUCCUCACUCAAUUGUACAUCCUCAAUCUCCGCAGCUUCUCCAUUGUCUUACCCUAGGUUCAAUCAUGUCCCAACAGUUGAAGACGUCAGGGCAAUGGCAAAACUUUAUUUCUUUGAUGGUCAAGCUCUAAAUCUUACAUUUGACACUAAUACUAACUCAGUAACACGUACUGUGAUAAUUGAAGGCGGUUUAGGACUCCCGAAAGCCAGCAAAAGUCUUGCACAUGCUGCAAACGACAACCAUGAAGCUUCUCAGUCAGUUGUAAUGCAAACUACCUCCCAGUGUACCGUAUUUCACAAGGAUCCAAAUGUCAGCAGUCCUUUCCCAUAUGUAAUAAAUUCAAGGAAUGUAGAUAAAGGCGGCAUUCAAUCAAGUCAUUUGCUGAUGACUGGCCAUCAAGAUGUGCAUCCAGUUUCUGUCUUCUCCAAUAACAUACCUGGUACAUCUGAUCAUAAGUGGUACAUGGAAUCAAAACAGAUGAAACAUUCGAGCAAUGAUCUUCAUCUUGAAGAUGAAGAUUUGGACAUUCGUUGGAGUGAACUUGUUGUGAGGGAGAAGAUUGGUGAAGGUUCAUUUGGAACUGUUCAUCGUGCUGAAUGGCGUGGUUCUGAGGUUGCCGUCAAGAUUCUGGCGGAACAAGAUUUCCAUCCAGAGCACCUGAAAGAGUUUCUUGCCGAGGUUGCGAUCAUGAAACGGCUGCGGCAUCCAAACAUUGUUCUUUUCAUGGGGGCUGUUACUCACCCCCCUCAUUUGUCUAUAGUUACCGAAUACUUAUCGAGGGGCAGUUUGCAUAAACUGCUGCAUAAACCGGAAGCCAGAUUAAUGCUUGAUGAAAGGCAGCGUUUGAACAUGGCUUCUGAUGUGGCAAAAGGUAUGAACUACCUUCAUCAGCUGCGGCCACCCAUUGUCCAUCGAGAUUUGAAGUCCCCAAAUCUAUUAGUGGACAGUACAUACACCGUAAAGGUCUGUGACUUUGGUCUGUCUCGUCCCAAAGCUAACACAUAUCUUUCCUCCAAGACAGCAGCGGGAACACCUGAAUGGAUGGCACCUGAAGUUCUUCGUAAUGAGCAAUCAAACGAGAAAUCAGAUGUUUACAGCUUUGGGGUGGUCUUAUGGGAACUGGCAACUCUUCAACAGCCAUGGAAAGAUUUGAAACAGGCCCAGGUUAUUGGAGCUGUCGGGUUCAAAGGUCAAAAGCUCCAGAUUCCAGAUAACAUAAAUCCUGGUGUCGCUGCUUUGAUUGAAGCCUGCUUAGCCAAUGACCCCUCUCACCGUCCUUCAUUCUCGUACAUAGUAGAAGCUCUACAGAAACUGAUCAGAAGCCCCAUGUCUCGACCACCCCGGGUUCAUGUCGCUUGACACUUUUGAGGGCAAAAGAGUCUUCAUUUACGAGAAUCUGAAUAGUUCACAGCUUGAAGUAAGUGCCCUAUCCAAAGAACUUUCCCGGAGCUUAAACAAUAAAGACCGGGAGCGCUCUUGCAGACCGGAGCAGUGGAUGGUCUGCUGUAGCAGAUUAUGCUUCAAGAAGUGCAGUCAUAUCUUGCAGGCAGCAUGGGAAGUUUUGAGUAGGGAUGAUUACACUUGUGUAAUUCUCUCUUGUCAGCAGCAGCAGUGGCAGCUGCUAGUUAAUUGUAUAUAUAGGUAUAAUAUAUCAAGUGAAAACAAAGGUAUAUAGUUUGUGAGAGGAGUUGAAUCCAAAUAGUUUGUGUGAGAGGGAUUGAAUCCCAAUAUAGCUAAGCAAGCUCAUCAGCCCUCUCUGUUUUUUAAGGGUCAAUUUAGGCCUUGGCUGUUAACAUAAAAUGUAAAAGUACGUCAAUGUGUCAACUCAAAACAGAAGUGCUUUGUGCUUGGCGUCAUUGAGUUGGUAAAGAUGGAUACUUUGUGUUAAAUACUUAAAUCCCACAUUCCUAUUCAUCUGUAACUGAAUCGAGAAGCA